CUCUUGAAAUUAAAGUUCAAGGGAAAGCAUUAGCAGUAGCUUUGAGCUAACCAAUUAUUUCAGCAAUGGCUUCUUCAGUUAUGUCCUCAGCAGCUGUUGCCACUCGCGCCAAUGCUGCACAAGCCAGCAUGGUUGCCCCCUUCACUGGCCUCAAGUCCGCUGCCUCUUUCCCUGUUUCAAGAAAGCAAAACCUUGACAUAACCUCCAUUGCUAGCAAUGGUGGAAGAGUCCGAUGCAUGCAAGUGUGGCCACCAAUUAACAAGAAGAAGUACGAGACAUUCUCAUACCUUCCUGACUUGGCCGAGGAGCAAUUGCUCAGGGAAAUUGAGUACCUUUUGAAAAAUGGAUGGGUUCGUUGCUUGGAAUUCGAGACUGAGCGCGGAUUUGUGUACCGUGAGAACCACAGUUCACCUGGAUACUAUGACGGUAGGUACUGGACCAUGUGGAAGUUGCCCAUGUUUGGGUGCACUGACGCCACCCAGGUGUUGAAUGAGGUCCAGGAGGCAAAGAAGGCUUACCCACAGGCCUGGAUCCGUAUCAUCGGAUUUGACAACGUUCGUCAAGUGCAGUGCAUCAGUUUCAUUGCCUACAAGCCUGAAGGCUACUAAGUUUAUCUCCAUUUUUUCCCUGGAGAAACUGUUGGCAUUUUCCGUUUUCCUUUAUUUUGCUUCUUCUUUCUAUUCACUGAAUGCUUUUGGAUUCCAGUUGAAUUUAUGAGAACUAAUAAUAGUAAUAGUCAUUUGUUUCUUUACUAA